GGAAGCAAACCUCGCCAGUUGAAGGCUGCUCGGGUGAUGUUACUUUCGGUGGUGUGUCAGCCCUGUGAGAAGUUUUAAACGGUGCCGUCGGCGGGUAUUUUCUGGUGAUUUUCGGAGAAGGAGCCGCGGUGCUGAUAGUUCCGCGGACUUUGGCUCGUUGAAGGCGGCCUCUUCUUGCUUUUUAAAGCCCCCCACUCAACAUGAAUGCUAACUUUAGCCGCUAGCUAACUGGAUCCACAACCUUCUGUCCUUUCCAGCGGCGCACGGCCACGCUGAGUUGUUUUCUGGCUGUUUUUGGUUUUUUUUCUGGAUAUUCAAGCUGAUGUCACGGCGUGCGGGUCCUUGCGGCGCCGACACACACCGCGGUGUUGACGGGAGUUGACACUAUGCGGCUGGAUAGCAGCUAACUGGCUCCUGAGCUGGGUUGUUUUUGAUAAGACGUCACCCGACAACUCAGCCGUGUCUCCCGAACAUGGACGCCGUGGAGCUGGGUCGAUAGGUCAAGUGUCGUCCGCCGCGACACCAAGCGCCUCCUCUGUGAGGCGAAGCCGUCAGCAUCAUUCCCCUCCAGAGCUGCCCCGGCUCCUGCAUCAUCAUCGUCAUCAUCAUCAUCGUCCCUGAGCCUUCAGGAUGUUGGAGGGGCUCGUAGCCUGGGUGCUGAACAACUACCUGGGAAAAUAUGUCAGCAAUCUGAACACAGAUCAGCUCUCCAUUGCACUUCUUAAAGGUGCAGUGGAACUGGAAAACCUCCCACUGAGGAAAGAUGCUCUCAGAGAGUUUGACCUCCCGUUUGAAGUCAAAGCGGGAUUUAUUGGGAAGAUCACUCUCCAGAUCCCUUUCUACAGACCUUAUAGUGACUCGUGGGUCAUCUCCAUGUCCCAGCUCAACCUGAUCAUUGGCCCCGCACAGCUGCAGGAGUACGAUGCGGAGAAGGAAAACGAGGAAGCAAGGGAGCGCAAAAAAUGCCUCCUCAAGGCCCUUGAAGAUAAAUUCAAGAGCGAGUGUGAACAGAGAGGAGAGUCGUACUGGUACUCCGUCACCGCCUCAGUCGUCACCAGGAUCGUUGAAAACAUUGAGCUGAAGAUCCAAAAUGUGCACCUUAGAUUCGAGGACGACUUUUCAAUCCCAGGGAAGCCAUUUUCGUUUGGAGUUUGCAUCAACAGCGUGUCGGCUCAAAAUCCUCAGAAAGAGUCGGUCCAGAAGCCGUUCAGACAAAAGCAGCUGGAGAUUGAAGACUUCAGCGUUUACUGGGAUACAGAGUGUGAAAUGCUGGGAAAGCUGCCUGCAAGCCAGAUUCAGGAUGCAAUGACUCGGUGCAUGCAGAGCCGCGAGCACCAGUACAUAUUUGAGCCGGUGCGUGCCUCCGUGCUGCUCAGAAGAAACACCUCCAGGGAGCCUCUGAGGUCCCGACACAACCCUCGGAUCGAAGGCCAGGUCCAGCUGGAGCCCAUGUCUUUACGUCUUUCACAGGUUCAGUACCAGCAGAUAAUGGCCUUCCUCAAAGAAGUGGACCGCAAAGAGAGAGGGAUGCUGUACAGAACAUGGAGACCCAAAGUCCCAAUUUCUGGGAACUGCCGGACAUGGUGGAUCUUUGCCAUUCAGGCUAACCUGAGCGACAUCAGGGAGCAGCGCAGGCGAGGAAGCUGGGGCUUUGCACUGCAGCGAGCCCGGGAUGCGCAGACCUACACUGGCCUCUACUUCCAGAGGCUGAAAGGCGCUUUACUGAGUCCCGACGAGGAGGUUGAACUAGAACGGGUUGAAGAGGAGCAGACGCUGGAGGAGCUGCAGAUUCUCAGAGAAGUCGUCCAUGACCGGUUUCGAAAGGAGGACGAGAUCGCAGAGAAUAUUCGAGAGCCAAGCAGCAGCCCUCAGCCUGGUCCACCUAACACAUCAGUUCCUAAAAGUGGAAGCUCCAGAAUGAUUCAGUACCUGCAGUCUUGGUUCCCCGGUUGGGGGGGCUGGUAUGGAAAUACACAGGAUCUGGACACACCUGAGGAACUCCUGCCAAGUCCAUCAUCCUGGGAUAUUCUAGCAGAGACAGAGGACUUAUUCGAUCCACUGGAGGACUCCCACACUCUGAACACGUUCACCAGACGAGAUCACAUGUUUGCCCGACUGGAGUUCCUAUUGGAGAAGGGUGGAGUCACUCUGUUUCACGAGGAACGGAGGGCCAACACGAUGCACGAAAGUGGAGUCAUCCAGCUGGAAUUCUCAGGAGUGAAGGUGAUGGUGGAAUCUCUUCCUCGCUCGGAGUCGUCCUUACUCUCUGUUAAACUGGGCAGUCUGUUCCUGAGAGACCUGACCACGCAGGGCACCAUGUUCCCAUUCCUGGUGUCUCCCAAAAUGGACAAAGUUGUUGUUGCCCUUAAUCAGUCCAUGAGUCAGCACAGCACUGCCACUGAAUGCGAUGCAGAGUGGACAUCUCCUGUGUUCGAGAUGAUUUAUGAGCGCAACCCUGUGAGGUGCAAGUUCGAGAGAAGGCUGGAAGUGAACACAAGUCCGUUAAACAUAAUCUACAAUCCACAAGCCAUGAAAAAGGUGACCGAAUUCUUCUACAAAGGAAGAGUUCACACUUCAGGUUUUGGCUAUCAGUCUGAGCUGGAGCUGCGGGUGGCAGAGGCCGCCAGGAGGCAGUACGACAAGCUGAAGAAGCAAACCAAGGCCGAGAUUCGACAAACCAUCGAUCAGCUGCUCGUCGGAGAGUUUAUCGAAAACUGCAAACGAUGGACGAUGAAGCUGGACAUCUGCGCGCCUCAGGUUGUUUUCCCCGAUAACUUCCAGUCGGAAGACCCCAUGCUCGUGGUGGUGGAUUUAGGCAGGAUUCUCCUGACCAACUCUCAAGACGACAGCAUCGUCAGCUCUAAGGCCGCUCAGCCCGAAGAGGAGGAGGAGGAGGAGCUGAGCGACGAUGAGUACAAAACGCCUCUGGCCACCCCGCCGGAGUCUCCCCCGCCCGAAGCCGACGUGCCUUUGAAAGCGCAUUUUAAAAACCCCGAGCUUCCCAGCCUCAGGUCUCCCGAGGCGGCGAGGGCCUACAGCAAGAAGCUGUACGAGAAGUACCGCUUGUCGUUUAAGGACCUCCAGAUAAUGGUCGGCCGCUACAAGGACAGCUGGAAGCACCUUCAGGAGAGCGAAGUCGGUCCGACGCACGUGGUGGAGAAGUUCAACGUGCUGCUGCAGCUGGAGCAGAGGCUGCGCUACACGUCGGACCCUCAGCUCCCCGGAGCCGUGCUGUCGGCCACGCUGCCGGACCUCAAGGUGCACAUCAACCUGGAGAAGAUGACGGCCAUCCGCACCUGCCUCGCUCGGCUCUGCAGGCCAGGCGAGAGCGGCGACGACGGCGGCGGCGGCGGCGGUCCGGACGCGGCGACGACGACGCCCGACCCGCCCACGUUGCGCCACGACAAGAUUUUCCACCGCGUGGACAGCUCGUGGAAGCUGCAGGACUCCGCCAAGAACCUGACGCAGAGCGUGACGACGCUGGAGCAGCACACGCGGGAGGUCCUGGUGGAGUCCCGCCUGCUGCUGGCCGAGUUCAACAUCAACUACAUGCAGCUCGGCGUGGAGAGCAACGGCCGCUACAUAUCCGUCUUCAAAGUGUUCGGGACCAACGCACACUUCGUGAAGCGGCCGUACGACGUGGAGGUCUCGCUGACGGUCCACGGCUUCCUCCUGGUCGACACGCUGCAGACGUACGGCUCCGACUUCGACCUGCUGGUGGCGUCUCACAAGCACCUGAGUUUUGACGUCCCCACCGGCAGCCUGAGGGAAAGCCAGCCGUCGUCGCCCGCCCUGUGCGACGACGGCGUCUCCGAGCGUCCCGGGUCCGCCUCCGAUCUGUCGCCGUUCAGCUCCUUCCUGAAGGACCAGGACGCCCUCAUCCGGCUGGAGUACCAGUUCGUGAGCUCGGACUGCCCCUCCAUGAACCUGGACAACUCCCUGCAGGUCACCAGCAUCCAGGUCAACAACCUGGACAUCAUCCUCAACCCCGAGACCAUGGUGGAGCUGCUCAACUUCCUGCAGAAGUCCUUCCCCAAAGAAGAGAGCGCGCCGUCCGCUCAAGAGUGUCCCGCUCAGCUCUCCAGCGAGGAGGAGGAGCAGGACCGCGCCUACCAGGUCACGUACGACCAGAACAAAGAGGUGACGGUCGAGAUCCACCGCCUCAACCUGCUGCUGCUGCGCACCGUCUCGUCCGGCACGGCGCUGGGCGUCGAGAAAAAAGGGCUGAAGAUCGCCACCGCCAGCAUCUCCGACACCAAGGUCAACGUCUCCCUGAGAAGCCACCUGGACAUCAGCGGCUCCCUCGGCUCCAUGCAGCUGCUGGACCUGACGCAGGAGGCCGGCCGGAGCCAGUUCGUGGUCAGCAUCGGGAGCGUCGGCGACGGCGGCGGCGGCUCGUCGAGCCCCGAAGGGCUGCCAUUUCCGUCCGCCGGCGGCCGGGAGUCUCCCAGCGACGCGCUGAGCUUCCAGCUGAAAGAGAAGUCCCACGGCGAGUGUUCCCUGAAGCUGCAGAUGGCGUCUCUGCACUACAACCACUCGGCCAAGUUCCUGCGAGAGCUCAGCCUGUCGGCCAACGAGCUGGAGGACGGCUUCCGCUCCAUGCUGAAGAACGCCGCCACCACGGUGUCCACGGUCCUCGCCAGCAAGACGGCGGAGUACAGCGGCAGGGUCUCCCUCUUUGAGACGCCGUCGCGGCGGACCCGCGCCGCCGCCCAAAGCUGGUCGUACUCCUUCGACAACGAGGAGGACGUCUCCAUGGAGGAGCCCGAGUCGGCGCUGGACACGUUCUUCGUGAAGCUGACCCUCAACAUUAGCAUCGACUCGCCGGUGGUGUCCGUUCCCCGGAGGCCCGGCCACCAGGAGCUGUUGGUCGGCCACCUGGGGAGCAUCGCCAUUCAGAACUUCCUCAGCGACGAGGACUCCCACGGCGAGAGGCUGGAGGUGCUGGUGAAGGAUAUCCGGCUGUAUUCGGUCAACAUGUGUUACUCGGUUUCCAGGCGGAUGCCCAGAGAGGAGGGAGCGGACGGUUUUUCGCCGUCCCACAACGGAAACGUGAGCAAAGAUGAGUCCCGGUUCACCCGCCACGACUUCUUUGAGUCCCUGAACCGGGGAGAAGCCUUCCACAUUCUUAAAGACACUACUAUACUGUUUACUUUGGAGAAAAUCCCCGUUGAAGAGGAGUUUAUCUUACUCGCUACAGAAGAGGCUUUCAAAAGCUCAGGGCAGCUGAGGAUUGAAGGGAAAUUUGUCAACCCUGUUCAGGUGUUUCUGUGCAAGCCCGUCUACGAACAAGUUCUCCAGACGCUGGACAACCUGUCCCUCAUCGAGGAGCAUUAUCUCACGCCCAGCCAGCCGCCGACUCCUCCUCCGCCCACCCCUUCGUCCGUCAGACCCCACUGCUUCCCAGACCCCCAGGGGGGCCUGUUCGCCAGGGACCCUCCGUCCAUCAGCUUCUCCCCGUCGUCCCUCUCCUCGCCUUUAUCUCUGCAGCCUCACCGGCCGCCUCUCCAGCCUCCCUCUUUCACUCAGCUGAAGGUCACCUUGCACGUGGCGGAGCUGCAGGUCCAGCUCAGCGCCGACCUCUCCCAGGGCUCCCAGGGCCUGGUCUGUGUGCGCUUCCAGGACCUGGAGGGCCACUUCACCAAGGAUCACCCGCAUCUGCUGGAGGUGCAGCUGGCUCUCCGCGCGCUGCUGAUGGAGGACCUGCUGGACCUGAACCCCGAUUCCAAGUACAAACACUUGAUGAAGUCUCACGGCGCUCCCAAGCCCUCCACCUUCUCUUCUAAGGAGUACCUUUCCCAGAGCUGCCCGUCCAGGUCCAACGCCCUCUCCCCGGACAUGCCCCACUCCCUGCCCGCCUACAUAAAGGAAACCCAGAACGUCUUCCAGCCCUACCAGAGGCAUCCCACCACGCCGUCCAGCAGCCGCAAAUCUAAGAAGGACCCAGACUGUCCAAACACCCCUCCCCCUUCUCCCACGCGCCACGCCCACUCUCCUCUGCCCCCCUCGAACUUCGACGACUCUUUGGUUCAUAUAAACGUGGUUCUGGUGGACCCCGGCCAUCCGGAGUUCAACACGCGGCACGGCGGCGUCGGGCGCAGCGUGGACGUGGACUUCAACUGCCUGGACAUCCUGGUCACCCUCCAGACCUGGGUGGUGUUUCUGGACUUCUUCAGCAUCGGCUCCACGGCCAACAACCACGCGGUGAAGGCGGCGGUGUCCCCGCAGCCGGUACCAGAGCACAAUGUGUACGAGCCGGACCUGAGCGAGGAGGAGGAGGAGGCGGCGGCUCAGACCGUCAACACGAAGGUGGACCUGAAGGUUCAUUCUCUGACUCUGAUACUAAACAAGAAACUCCACGAACUUGCCAGAGCGAGCGUGUCCAAGCUGUCAGCUCACGUCGACAUGCAGGACGGUGACCUGAGAGUAAAAGGCAGCUUAGGAAGUUUGUCCCUGAGCGACCUGACUCCACACGGGGACCUGUACAGAGAACGCUUCACCACGCAGGGAGGGGAGGCGCUGGUUUUCAACGUCUUCAAGUACGGCCGGCCGGAUCCUGACCUGCAGCGGGACUGCGACGUGAAGGUGUCCCUGCAGAUGGCCUCGGUGCAGUACGUGCACACACAGCGCUUCCAAGCCGAGGUCGUGGCCUUCAUCCAGCAUUUCACGCAGCUGCAGGACGUCCUGGGCAGGCAGAGGGCCGCCAUGGAGGGCCAGGCUGUACGCGAUCAACCUCAGAGGGCUUCCAGGGUUCUCCUGGACAUCGACGCCGGCGCUCCGGUUCUGAUAAUCCCCGAGAGCUCGCGCUCGCCGAGGGUCAUCGUGGCCAACCUGGGUCAGCUGAAGGUGCAGAACCUCUUUCUGCCGGCCGGCGCUCGUGGAACCUUUUCCCUCCGAGACAAGGUAGAGAAACUGACCAUGGCACAUGCCUUUUUCCCCUCUCUGGAGCGAGUCAGGGACGCAGCAGGAAAGCCGAGCAACGUGCAGCAGGAGAAACCCAGCGGCGCCUCAAUGUCAGGAAUCCCCCUCAGCAGACCCAAAGUUCUGCACACUGGGACCAUCCCUACAGAGGAAGACCCAACCAGCUCAGAAGACCACGUGUGCCUGUUGGACUGCAUGGCGCUGGACCUGCAGGAGAUGGACAUCUUUGCUGCAGAGCGUCUGCCUUGUCGUCCGUGGGACAGCACCGGGAAACCCGAGCCCUCGGACCUGGUCUUCCCCUCCUACUCCGUCCGUCGGACCGGAGACAACCUGCUGAGAGACUGCUGCCGCCUCACGCUGAAGGUGGAGCGCAACCUGGACAAGGAGCUGAGCCACGCGGUGCCCGACACGUCCAUCCACGGCAGCCUGUCCUCCGUGCACUGCUCUCUGGACAAGGAGCACUACCGGCUGAUCCGGGGGAUUCUGGAGAACAACCUGGGCGAACCCGUGGAGGAGUUCCUGCGGCCGUACAACCUGCAGGACCCCAGCAUCUACACGGUGUUGGGCGGAGCCGUGUUCACUAAUCUGUCUUUCUUGGUGGACAUGACGGACGUCAGCCUGGAGCUUCUGGACAGCCCAACAUCUGCUGAUGACAGAAGCUCUUUAGCGAGGUUUGACUUCAUGAAAUCCAAAGUCCUCUUUGAGAGUUCCUCCGACGGCUCCAAGUCCGUGAACCUGGUUUCUCACUCUCUGCUGGCGUACGACACGAGAUACUCCGGCACCAGUAAGAGCCCCGAAGGAGUCAGACGCAACGUGUUUGACUGCAUUCUGCAGCCGUCUAAGACCGGCACCAACCGGGCCUCCCUGCAGCUCGAGCUCCACUACAGAUCCACACGUGACUCGUCCAGCUUCACCGUGGUCCUCAAUAACCUCAGGGUGUUCCUCAUCUUCGACUGGCUGCAGCUGGUGCAGGACUUCCUGCGGCUGCAGCCGGAGAACGCGUCGGACGGCGCCGAGUCUCGGCAGCACUGCCCGAGCAACGCCGGCGCCAGCCUGAGCGCCACUGGAGCCGUCAUGCCGAAGACGGUGAAGAGCGGCGUGGUCACCAAGAGGUCCACGGUGUUGGUCACUCACGACCGCAGCCUGGAGGUGAAGAUCAACGUGACGGGCACAGAGUUUGUGGUGGUGGAGGACCUGUCCUGUCUCGACACCAACGCCGUCGUCCUGAAAGGCACCACGGUCCUCACGUACAAGCCCCGCUUGGUAGACCGCCCCUUCUCCGGCAGCCUGGCAGGAAUAGAGGUGUUUUCAUGUCGGCUUGGCAGCGAGCAGGAGACGGCGUUGUCCAUCAUCGACCCCGUCAACGUGCAGGUGGAGCUGUGUGGCAGCCCCACGUACCAAAGCAGCUCAGGUCUCCUGGAUGCCUUUAACGUGGAGGACAUCCCGCCGCUGCUGGAGAUUCAGUUUCCGGCUCUGGAUAUCCGUCUCUCUUACAACGACAUCCAGCUUUUCUUAUCCAUCGCCAAGUCCAUGUCUGCGGCCAAAACUCCUCCUGAUUCAACUGAUGCGACGCCGCCGCCAUCCAAAGACCCCAAGACCCAAAACCUCAUAGAAAUCCAGCUGAGCCAUUUACAAAACCUUGGCUUCAAAAAAGAGGACUGCAAAAAAGCCCUCAGCCACUGUAAAGGUCAGCUGGACCAGGCUGCCACCUGGCUGCUGGAAAACUCGGAGAGCACGGCAGGACACCCCAGAGGCAGGGCGGACUCCGGCUCCAGCAGCCACUCCUGUCCUCUUUCUGGGGUGGAGGUGAAGGCGGACAGCGUCUGCAUCUGCUUCAUCGACGACUGCCUGGAUUGUGACAUCCCGCUGGCGGAGCUCACCUUCUCCAGGCUGUAUGUGCUGCAGCGUAUUGGCUCCACCCAGGAAGGAAACGCCAGCUUCACGCUGUCCGGAGACUACUACAACAGAGAGCUGUCAGGCUGGGAGCCGUUCAUCGAGCCCUGGCCCUGCUUCCUGUCCUGGCAGCAGCAGGCCGCUGGUCGUCUCCACCCGCCACGCCUGAAGGUCGGGGUCCGAGCAAAGCAGAGGCUGGACGUCAACAUCACCUCGGUUCUGCUUGAUCAAUACAACACCACCAAGACCUCCUGGAUCGCUGAUUACUGCAAGACGGACAGACAGACUCCGACAUCAUCACCUCCGCUGCCCUGGUUAGGUUCCUCGGUCGACCCGCCUGGCUUUGGGCAGAGUGCGCCUCUUGCUCACCUUAGAACUAGGAGCACAGCCAGCUUGACCUGCCUCGAGCAGCAGAUACACUCCAGAGACGUGAAGAUCUCAAAGAGGAGGCAGCCGUUUGUACCGUAUGCACUACGCAACCACACGGGUUGCACCAUGUGGUUCGCCACCUUGACCACGAGUCCAACCAGGGUGGCGCUGUCCCACAGCAGCAGCGUGGACUCCAUCUCCGACAUGCAAAGCUCAGGAACCGAUGACACCCACAACGUCAGCCAGUGGAGGGAGGUGCUGCCGGGAGAGGAGAUUCCCUUUGAGUUUGAGGCCCGUGAGAAGCUCCGUCACCGACACACCCACGAGCUGAAGCUCCACCAGCUGCUGGUCCGAGUGUGUGGCUGGGAGCAAGUCAAGCCGGUGUCUGUGGACAAAGUGGGGGUUUUCUUCAGAUAUGCCGCUCCGGACAGAAACAGCUCUUCAAACACGGUCGGCAGCCCAAUCAGCAGGACCAACAUCAUCCAUCCUCACGUUUAUUUCUCUGCCCUGCCCCCGGUCAGGGUGGUCUUCGCCAUCACCAUGGAGGGCAGCGCCCGGAAGGUCAUCACCGUGCGCUCGGCCCUGAUGGUGAAAAAUCGUCUGGACGUUCAGAUGGAGGUCCGAUUGGACAGUCCCUCUGCACCCGACAAGCCGGUGGUGCUGCCUCCCGUCCUGCCCGGCCAGUCCUUAGCCGUCCCCCUCCAUCUGACGACCUGGCGGCUGCAGGCUCGGCCCAAAGGCAUGGGCCUGUUCUUCUGUAAGGUGCCUAUCCACUGGACCAGCGUGGAGCGACCGGGGGAGGUCAACAGCAGUAAGAGGGACUGCCAGUCAGCAGAUUUUGAUGAUUCACAGAAACGCAACUUCAGAUUCUGUGUGGUGAUCAAGAAGGAGAACUUCCCGGAGCAGCAGCCUGCCAAGCGUCAGGUUUCUGGCGGCGCUCAGCAGAUCUACCGGCAGCCGGGACACACCAUCUACCUGCUGCCCACCAUGGUGCUGGCCAACCUGCUGCCCUGCGACCUCAACUUCUACAUUAAAGGGACGAGCAUCAAAGGCUCGCUGAAGCCGGGGAAGGAGGCGGUGCUGCACUCUGCUGACACGUACCAGAACAUGGAGCUGGGGGUCCUGCUGGAGAACUUCCCCGUGUGCAAAGAGCUGCUGAUUCCUCCUGGCACUCAGAACUACGUGGUGCGCAUGAGGCUCUACGACACCAACAAGCGGCUGCUCUGUCUCACCAUCCGCAUCCUCCUGAGGGCGCAGGGAGCUCUGAAGAUCCUGGUCUCUGCUCCCUACUGGCUCGUCAACAAGACCGGUCUGCCGUUGAUUUUCCGCCAGGACAACAGCAAAGCCGAUGCAGCGGGGCAGUUCGAGGAGCACGAGCUGGCCCGGAGCCUCAGCCCGAUACUGUUCUGUUACACAGACAAGGAGCAGCCCGCCAUGUGCACGAUGCGGAUCGGGAAGGGGAUCCACCCGGACGGCGUUCCGGGCUGGUGCCAGGGCUUCUCCCUUGAUGGAGGGAGCGGAGUCAGAGCGGUGAAGGUCAUCCAGCAUGGAAACAAGCCUGGACUCAUCUACAACAUAGGGAUCAGCGUGCGUAAAGGAAAAGGAAACUACAGGGACACCCACAUAGUGACCUUCGCCCCGCGCUACCUGCUGGACAACCACUCCACACACAAACUGGCCUUCGCUCAGAGAGAGUUUGCAAGAGGAAAGGGUGCCUCCAACCCAGAGGGGUACUUGUCCACCCUGCCAGGCUCCAGCGUUGUUUUCCACUGGCCCCGAAACGACUACGACCAGCUGCUGUGCGUGCGCCUCAUGGACGUCCCCAACUGCACGUGGUCCGGAGGCUUCGAGGUCAACAAGCCAAAGUCCUUCCACGUCAACAUGAGAGACACGCUGGGAAAGUGCUUCUUCCUGCGGACAGAAAUCAGCCUCAAAGAAGCCACCUACCAGAUUUCCUUCACGGACACGGAUCAGCUGCCUCCACCUCUGCGCAUCGACAACAUGUCCGAGGUGCCGAUCCAGUUCUGGCAGCACGGCGUGGCCGACCUGCGGCUGCACACCGAGGUGAAGGCUGCGUCGGCGCUGGACUACGCCUGCGACGAGCCCACGCUGCCGCCGUACAUCACCCUCACCGUGAAGGGAGCGGGGUCCUCCGAGGUCACGGCUGACAUGAACAACUUCAGAGAGUACAACAAGCUCUACUACGAGAACUUCAUCUACAUCGCAGCCACGCACACCUUCCCUCAGAACGUGGAGAGGAAGGCGGUGGGGAAGCGGCGACUGGAGAGCUGCGCUGAGCUGGUCCUCGACGUAGACCCCAAGACCCAGAGGGUCAUCCUGAGGAAAAAGGAGCCUGGGAAGCGCUCCCAGCUUUGGAGGAUGACUGGGACCGGCAUGCUUUGUCAUGAAGGCUCGUCUCCACCCCAGAGCAAGCCGGCCCAGCCCCGCCCGCUGGACACCUCCUUGGUGCUGGACAUCGCUGGGCUUGCAGCUGUCAGUGACAACAGUUUUGAACCAUUGAUGCUGAGGAGGCCCGACUCGCGCCGCAGCACCACCCAGACCUGGUACUUCAGCUCAGGCAUGCUGACGUGUGGCCUUCCCCGGCUGGUGGUGCAGGUGAAAAGGGGCGUUGCCGGGCUGUAUGACGGCGCCGAGGUGGUCCUGGGACCAGAUUCUGGUCUGGAACAGCCCGGUCCAGAGCAGCAGUUCAUCAACCAAAAGAUGAGACCCGGAUCGGGGGUGCUUUCAGUCCAAGUUCUGCCGGACGGGCCGACGCGAGUCCUCCAGAUCAGUGACUUCAGUCAGAGGAGAAAGAUGUGGAGCUCCUCCAGCACAGAACAGGAUGGCAGCAAGGAGGAGGAGCCUAAGCGUGAGCCUGAGCAGGAGCUGGAGGUGUUGGUUAACCUGGACGAGGGUCUGGGCGUCUCUUUGGUCAACAAGGUUCCCGAGGAGCUGGUUUUUGCAACGCUGUCUCGCGUGGAUGUUCACUUCACCCGCACUGCAGCCAACGAAGUGCUGGAGCUGAGCAUCCAGGACAUCCAGGUGGACAACCAGCUGCUGGGUACCACCCAGCCUGUGAUGCUGUGCGUGACUCCCAGCUCUGGGGAAAGCGGCGCAAACGACAGCGGCCCGGCCCUGCAGGUCAACUCGGUCAAGGUCCCCAGCAGCCUCCUGCUCACUGAGCUCUUCAAGCACCUCAUGGUGACGGCGCGGCGCUUCACGGUCAUCAUCGAGGAAAAACUGCUGCUCAAGCUGCUCAGCUUCUUUGGUUACGGAAAGGCCGAAGCCGAGCUGGAGAGACUGGAGGAAAACCUGCAUGAGAGGCCCAGCGAGGACACGGGGCCCCGCAAACGCUACUACUUUGAGAACCUGAAGAUCAGCCUGCCUCAGAUCAAACUCAGUGUGCUCCCGUCUCACAAGCUGCCCCCAGACCUCAAGGCGUUAAAAGGCACUCUGGGCUUCCCCCUGAUUCGCUUUGAGGACGCAGUCAUCAACAUGUACCCGUUCACAAGAGUGCACCCCUAUGAAACCCAGGAGAUCAUCAUCAACGACAUCCUCAAGCACUUCAGAGAGGAGCUCAUGAGCCAGGCGGCCCAGAUCCUCGGCUCCGUGGACUUCCUGGGGAACCCCAUGGGCCUCCUCAAUGAUGUCACAGAGGGCGUGUCUGAGCUCAUCAAGUACGGGAACGUGGGCGGACUCAUUCGCAACGUCACGCACGGAGUAUCCAACUCAGCUGCCAAGUUUGCAGGCACCUUAUCGGACGGGCUGGGUAAAACCAUGGACAACCGGCACCAGAGUGAGCGGGAGUACAUCCGCUACCACGGUGCCACCAGCGGGGAGCACCUGGUGGCAGGGAUUCACGGACUCGCUCACGGGAUCAUCGGGGGCAUGACGAGCAUCAUCACCUCCACGGUGGAGGGGGUGAAGACGGAGGGGGGAGUCAGCGGCUUCUUCUCAGGACUCGGUAAAGGUCUGGUGGGCACCGUCACCAAACCCGUUGCCGGGGCUCUGGACUUUGCCUCGGAGACGGCGCAGACGGUCCGGGACAUCGCCAGCCUCAGUAACCACAGACUCACGGCGCAGCGGGUCAGGAAGCCUCGCUGCUGUAAGGGUCCUCAGGGUCUGCUGCCGCGAUACUCGGCCACACAGGCGGAGGGUCAGGAGCAGCUCUUCCGCCUCACGGACAACAUUCACUCCGAGCUGUUCAUAGCUGUGGAGCCCAUCGACACCUACUGCGUCCUCAUCUCCUCCAAAGUGGUUUACUUCCUGAAGCCAGGGGACUACGUGGACCGGGAGGGCAUCUUCCUGGAGGUCAAAUACGACGACCUCUACCACUGUCUGGUGUCGAAGGAUCAUGGGAAAGUCUACGUGCAGCUCACCAAGAAGGCGGAGAACACCAGCAGUGGGGUGGCUAUUCCUGGGCCCUCCCACCAGAAACCCAUGGUCCACGUGAAGAGCGAGACCCUCGCUGUUAAGAUCUCCCAGGAAAUCAACUACGCCAAGAGCCUCUACUACGAGCAGCAGCUGAUGCUGCCGGCCGACGAGAAUGAGGAGUUCCUGCUGCUCGAACUCUGAUCCAGACCCGCGGGUCCGCAGAGCGCGCCCUGGGGUUCUGGAGAAACCAGGGAAAACACACACCUACCUGUGACCCGACGUCCUGCCGAGCACUUUUAGAGACAAGAACUAUGAGAACUGAGCGAAGCACUAUUUGUUCUGGGUGUUCUUCAACACACAGAGCUGUAAAUAUGUCCACACAGAAGCACUGUAAACUGUAUAUAUGUUGUGAUAAUAAAGAUAGGAUAUUAACAAGAAGCUGACCAUCUGAGCUCUUAACGAAUACUUUCAGAUCCGUCGGGAGAGCCUGAAGGUAACGACUGCUCUGAUUUUUUUUUUUACCGUCACAGACCUCCAUCUUUUAUCCGUGGAGGAUUUUAACGAGCCCAGCGGGGUUUAAAAAGCACAUGUGAAGGAGUCCCUGCUGGAGUCACUCCGUCUGGAGACAAAGCUGCUGCAGCUCUCAGUGUUUUAUCUGACUAGAGUUCUGCUUCAUAUCAGGGGAUGAAGGUUUGCUUUCUGCUGGGUCACGGCGCUCACAUUUACGGGCCGCGUCCGAACGCCACGGCUGCAGGAACCUCCGGAAGCUGCUGCUUGUCUGGGUUUUGGGAGCGGGAGUGUUCUGAUAUGUGGUGAAUGCGAAAGAUAAAAUGAAACCUCCUGACUGAUGAUUGAUUGUAGGCCGCCACGUGCCAUUUUAAACUCGCCCUUUAAUACCUGUGCAAUAAAACAUUUCAGUGA